GAAAUAUACCGCCUGACCAUCAGAAAUAUACCGAAAAUAUAAGGAGCCGGCAUGCGGCCACCAUUGUUUUGAAAUUACAAAUUACCUCGAAAUAGCAAAAAUAUGAAGCUCAGUAUUGACGGCUUGCUCGUCUAUUUCCCGUACGAAUACAUCUACCCGGAACAAUAUGCAUACAUGCUGGAAUUGAAGCGAACAUUGGACGCCAAAGGACACUGUUUGCUGGAAAUGCCCUCGGGCACGGGCAAGACAGCCACGCUGCUCUCGCUGAUUGUGGCCUACAUGAUAGAGCAUCCAGAGACGAUUCGCAAGCUGAUUUACUGUUCCCGCACAGUGCCUGAAAUCGAGAAGGUAAUAGCCGAACUGCAAAAUCUGAUGGUCUACUAUGAGCGGGAAUGUGUGAAGCCGCCUGCCAUGACCGGCCUGGUGCUGAGCUCCCGCAAGAACUUGUGCAUCCACCCAGAGGUGAGCAAGGAGCGCGAGGGCAAGGCAGUGGACGGCAAGUGCUAUGGCCUAACGGCCAGCUACAUACGCGAUAAGCAUGAGAUGGACAACGAGACGCCCAUCUGUCAGUACUUUGAGGGCUUCAGUCUGGAGGGCAAGGAGUCCACCCUGCCCGUGGGAAUCUACAGCCUUGAUGAUCUCAAAGAAUAUGGACGCUCACGCAACUGGUGUCCGUACUUUCUGGCCCGCUAUGCUAUUGCCCAUGCCCAAAUUGUGGUUUACAGCUAUCAUUAUCUGCUGGAUCCGAAGAUCGCGCAGGUUGUGUCCAAGGAGAUGACACGCGAGUCCUGUGUGGUCUUUGAUGAGGCGCACAACAUCGACAACGUUUGCAUUGAUUCGAUGAGUGUGAAGAUCAACAGACGCACAGUGGAGCGCAGCACAAACGCGUUGAAUCAGCUGACCAAAUUGGUGCAGGAGAUUCGGGAGGAGGACACGAACCGUCUAAAUGAGGAGUACCAGCGGAUGGUGCAAGGCCUGAAAGAUGCCAGCGUCCAACGAGAGACGGACAUGAUUAUGGCCAAUCCUGUCCUACCAAACGAUGUGCUGAUCGAGGUGGUGCCUGGUAACAUACGCAACGCGGACCAUUUCCUCAGCUUCCUGCGUCGCUUCAUUGAGUUCAUUAAGACGCGACUGCGCGUUCAUCACGUGGUGCAGGAGUCCCCAGCCGGUUUCCUAAAGGAUAUCUCCGCCAAGAUAUGCAUUGAACGCAAGCCAUUGCGCUUCUGUGCCGAACGUCUGUCCAGCCUCCUGCGCACCCUCGAGAUUACCGACAUGACGGACUACGGAGCUCUGACACUAAUCACACACUUUGCCACACUGGUGUCCACCUACACGAAGGGAUUCACCAUCAUCAUAGAGCCCUUUGACGAUAAGACACCAACCGUAUCGAAUCCUAUACUGCAUUUCAGUUGCGUGGACUCUUCCAUUGCCAUGGCCCCGGUAUUCUCCCGCUUUCAAACAGUUGUCAUCACCUCGGGCACCCUGUCGCCGAUGGACAUGUACCCGAAGAUACUCGACUUUGAUCCAGUUGUCAUGAGCAGCUUCACCAUGACACUGGCACGCCCCUGCCUUCUUCCUAUGAUUGUAUCCAAGGGAAAUGAUCAGGUGACCAUUUCGUCCAAGUUUGAGACUCGCGAGGACACUGCUGUCAUUCGGAACUACGGUCAGCUGCUGGUGGAGGUGGCCAAGACCGUUCCCGAUGGCAUUGUCUGCUUCUUUACCUCAUACCUGUAUCUGGAGUCUGUUGUGGCUUCCUGGUACGAUCAGGGCAUUGUCGACACCCUGCUGCGCUACAAGCUGCUGUUCAUCGAGACUCAGGAUAAUGCCGAGACCAGCUAUGCCUUGAUGAACUAUGUUAAGGCAUGCGAUUGUGGUCGUGGCGCUGUGCUGCUGGCUGUGGCGCGUGGCAAGGUCUCGGAGGGUGUGGAUUUCGACCAUCAUUAUGGUCGCGCGGUGCUCAUGUUCGGGAUACCUUAUGUGUACACGCAGUCGCGCAUACUCAAGGCUCGCCUCGACUACCUGCGCGAUCAGUUUCAGAUACGUGAGAACGACUUUCUGACCUUUGACGCGAUGCGGCAUGCAGCGCAAUGCGUGGGCCGGGCGCUGCGCGGGAAGACGGACUACGGCAUCAUGAUAUUCGCGGACAAGCGCUUCUCGCGCCAGGACAAACGCUCCCGUCUACCCAAAUGGAUACAGGAGCAUCUGGUCGACAGCUUCUGCAACUUGAGCACCGAGGAGGCGGUGCAGCUGGCCAGGCGCUGGCUGCGGCGCAUGGCCCAGCCGUUCACCCGCGAGGAUCAGCUGGGCAUAUCCCUGCUGACGCUCGCCCAGCUGGAGAACAUGGAGCAGGAGAAACUGGAGCGGCAGGCGCAGGGCAAAGAGGGCGUGGGCGGCCAAGUUCAGGAGUUGUGAAUGCAGCGGCAACCGGCUCGCUGCCACACUUCCUUCCGGGAAUAAUUAAACACGAUUUUGCACCAGCUUUUCAAUGACAUUGAAUGGCCAUUAAAAACGGAGCAACAGGCAGAACAAA